UUUCUGGCGUUCCAUGUUAUCACAGGAUACUUCUACACCUUCGUAGAUUGCUACGGCGUGUCGAUGCUGCCUACAAUCUACAGCUCCGGCGAAUGGGUCUUCAUCAGCAAAUACUACAGAAGAGGAAGAGGCGUAAUCCCAGGAGAUCUUGUUAGCUUCGACCACCCGGUCAAGGAGGGACGGGCGAUCAAGCGGGUCAUUGCAUUGAGCGGUGACUUUGUGCUUAUGAACUCGCCCGAUAAGAGCGAUGCUAUGAUACAGAUUCCAGAAGGACACUGCUGGGUAGUGGGGGACAAUUUGCCUCAUUCGCGGGACUCUCGAAUGUUCGGUCCUUUGCCCAUGGCGUUGAUUAAUGGAAAGGUCACGGCAAAG